CUUGCUCUCAGAGUGGUAAUUCCAAAGCUGCCUGCGCCCAAAUCCCGUGCACAAUACUGGCUGAUUUUCUCUGUUUUACCCUGUGACGCCCUCGAAUCCCCUGUGCCAAACAUGUGAAUUGAUUGUGUGUAGUGAACAACCUUUUCCGAAAUCGUAGCUGAAGCGGAGUUCGAGACUCGUCGCGGGAGGCAGAGGAACAUCUUUGUCUUCCAGCAGAGCACCUUCAGACGCACAGGUGGAGCGGGAGCCGUUCGGGAGAAUGUGAAAGGGCAGAGCAGGAGUGCAGCCUGGAAGCGCCGCAGCCGACGCCGCGCCCUCUCCACGCCCGCCAUGGCGUGCCCUCUCUCGUGCUACUGCGGCCUCAUGUGCCGCUGCGGCUGCGACCCGCCCCCAGACCCCCCUCCCCGGACGCUGGGCCCGCCAGGGGCGCAGGCCUGCUCCAGCCACACCGUCUACAUACUGCUGCUGGGAGCGGCGGAGUCGGGCAAGUCGACCAUCAUGCGGCAGAUGAAGAUCAUCCACAGCGGCGGGAUGUCCCCCGUGUCCCUGCGCUCGUACACGCGCCACGUCCUGCAGAACGCGCUCACCUGCGUCACGCGCCUCAUCAAGGCCGUGGAGGAGGCAGCCGUGCCCUGGGGGUCCCCCGAGGCCGCCCACGCCGCCCACACGCUCUCCGCCCUCACGCCGUCGUCGUGGGGGCUCCUGGAGGACGACGUGGACCCCGCCGUCAUCCCGCAGGACCACGCGCACCUCAUGAAGGUCCUAUGGGAUGACACGGCGGCGCAGGAGUGCUGGCAGCGCGCGAACGAGUUCAACCUGCCCGACAACACCGAGUACUACCUGUCGGCGACCGACCGCCUCGCCCAGCAGCCGUACCUGCCGACGCAGGAGGACGUGCUGCAGCUCCGCAUCCCGACGCGCGCCGCCACCGUCUACGACUUCACGGACCGCGACUGGACGUUCCGCAUCACGGACGUGGGCGGCCAGCGGGGCGAGCGGCGCAAGUGGCUACGCCUUUUCGACAGCAUCAACGCCAUCAUCUUCCUGACGGCGCUGAGCGAGUACGACCAGACGUGGAGCGAGGAGGAGGAGGACGGCAUGAACCGGCUCGAGCUGUCACUGCAGCUCUUCUGCGAGACGCUCAAGUACCGGGGCUUCAUCGACACGAGCAUCAUCCUCUUCCUGAAUAAGGUCGACGUCCUGCAGAAGAAGAUCGCCACGUCGGACCUCAGCCGCUACUUCCCCGAGUACACGGGGCCGCGCGGGGACCACCGCAACGCCAUUGACUUCAUCCGCAACAAGUUCAUGGGGCAUGCCAAGGACCGCAAGGACUUCUUCACCCACGAGACCUGCGCCACAGACACCAAGACGACCAAGUUCGUCUUCGCCGCCGUCAGGGAGAGCAUCCUGUGGGACAACAUUCGCAAGUUCAUGGACCCUUUCCACCUGACGUGACCUCCCUGGCACUGGGGGUGAACUAGUGUGUAUUUAUCAGUGCUCUUGCAACCUGAAGGCGACCCAACCGUGCUCUUGGAGAGGUGCAAGCGGACACCUCGAACCACAGUGACGUUCACGUAUUGUUUUGUUAUUGUUAUAUUGUAUAAAGAUAUAUAAAUGUGCGCCCAUAUUUGCAAGUAUCCUUUGCAUUCGUUCACGAAUUAGUAGACUAUUAGAAGAAAUAAAAGGGCGGAAGAAAGUAAACCAAAAAUUAAGAAAAAAAAAGAUAGUGAAAAGUGAAUUCUGGGGAACGGGCGAACGCACAAAGGGGAAACAAAGUGAUAUGUAUAGAUAGGUCUUUAUAACAUGUUAUAGUUAUUGUUAAGCCUUUAAAAAAAACUACCUAAUCUCACCCACCUCACAGAUUUCUCGUCAUCGAUAUUACUAUCAUUAUUCUCACCUGUAUUUUUUCUCUGCCAAUAUCUUGUCCUCUCUCAUUCCCAUUCAGUUACCUUCCUCAUACCCCAUCGAAUUCUCCUCAUAAAUUUAUCAUUCAUUUUUACCAUAACCAGUCAUCGUCAUCAAAUGAUAAUGAACGAAUAAAGUGACCUUUUCAACAAUUA